CAUAAAAACUCUUCUGCCACCACGUUUUCCCUGCGACGCAAUCGCCCAAAGAACAAGCAAAUAAAAACCGGGAUAGUCGUUAGGAUAAGGAGAUUCGUUUCUCGCCUUGUCUCGGGGGAGCAGUUAGGUAACAAGGAACGCGAAACCGUGGAAGGUGAUUCCGAAGUCGCAGUGUUCGUUGUUCAGUCUGGCGGCAGUGCUCAAACCGACACCGUCACUUUUCAUUUCGCGGCCCUCGCGUCCGUCGCAUAUCAUGUCGCAUCCUCGUGGUAAACGGACACGGUGAACCCUAGUUAACCUUUGUGAACUAUCUGUGAUGUGAUUUCCGAAGUGUCUUUGUAUAUUUUUAAUCACCAUCAUCAUGAAGUCAUUCUUGUCACGGGAUUUGUUAAUGGUUAUUUGUUUCGCGUCGGUGCUCCACGUGGAGUCGACGAUCAUACCACCGCCGUGGGCAGACCCAGCCAGCAAUCCCUGCGCUGCUCAACCACGUGGAUGGCAAUUGUUAUUUUGGCCGCCGGAUGGAAAGUGUUACAAAAUAUUCCAGGUAGGUGCACCGUGUCCGGACACGAUGGAAUUGGGACCAGCCGCAGGUGGCGGUGGGACCGUGGCCGAGUGCAGGUGUCCACCGGGAACCGCUCAAUCGCCGAGGGACGCUCUUUGCCACAGGAUAUAUACGAGAGCAUCCUGUUCCAAAGGACAAUUCUUUGCACCAGUCUCAGAGACUUCUGGGAAGUCCAGGUGGGGUGUCUGCCACGAUCCAGAGCCAUGCGCGAAGGGCGAGCUCUAUUGGCCCAGAGAUGGGAAGUGUUACCCAAAAUUUAGUAAAGGUCCCUGUCCGAAGGGCGAACUGCUUACCACAGACGAAGACGAAUUAGCAACAUGUUCCUGUUCCGCGCAAGGCGAACUUGGAGGAUAUCAUUGGCCGGGUAACCCAGGCAGCUGCCACGAGCAUUAUACUAAGGGCCCGUGCACGGAACCUGGUGAACUGUUUUUACCAGGCAGUGUUUGCGGUUGUCACUCAAAACUACCUCAUUAUCAUGAGCCAACUAGGAUGUGCUAUCAAUUAGGUGGUAUUGGCCCGUGUCCGCAAGGGCAUCACUUUGUGAUAACGAACACAGUAACCACGGAAGACGUUCCGAAGGCGAGAUGCGUGUGCAAACCAGGCCACGUUCUCUACGAAAAUGGAUUAUGUUAUAGGCUGUACACAAGAGGACCCUGCGAGACCGGGUACAUGCUUGCAAACUCCAGCUGCAUUUCUGUGCCCUGCAAGCGGGGACGAUUAUACUUCCCACAAGAGAAGACGUGUUACAAGAUAGGGACCAAGGGACCAUGUCCGAGUGGGCAAAUCGUUUUGUACGAUUACAACGUGCGACCCUCCAUCGACGGAAUCAGUUACAACGGAGUUUGUGGAUGCACGAACACGUUGAGGAAUUCUGGGAAGUGUUCUGAUGAGUCUGACGAAGGCUGCGAAUCCACACCGGGAAUGGUGGAGAUAAACAAAACUUGUUACAAAUUGUACACGCAGGGUCCAUGUACUUCCGGAGAAUGGCUGGUCGCGAAAAGGUUACCGAAACAAGGUUUAUGGAAGACUCAGGGAUCGGAGUCGAGAGCGAGAUGUGAGUGCAGGCCCGGAUAUAAGAGGAUUGCGAUGACCGAACUGGAGAGCAACAAUCUUCUUUCGCCGAGUGGUUGUCAACCGCCCGCAGUGAGUUUGGCUAAGUUUCUCAACGAAAGGCCGAAAGCAAUAAACUUUUAAAUAACGUAUAAUGCUGUGACUGUACAUAUUGUAGAAAUUUCUUUAUCGUAUACCGCCAAUAAUCUCGUGUAAGAAUUCCUAUUUAUUGAAUACUCUAUAAAUGUAUAAGUGCGAUCUUAUUAAUCUAAUUCCAGCAUUUAAUAUUUAAAUAUUUAAAUGUAAAAAAACCAAUGUUUGUAAAUAUAUGAAUUAUAACGAUA